AUGCCCUGCGGGGUCCACCUAUUAGGCCACCAGGUUGCUGAUGUCAGUGUGACUGAAGAUUUUUAUCAGCGGUUGUUGCCUGAAGCGAAUGAUGAUCAACACCAAGACUACGAAUCGACUUCCUUGUCUUUAGCAUCGAAGACUAGUCUUGGCAAGAGGCCUCGCGAAUCAGAUUUCAUGGCACUUGACGAUGAUCAUUGUGCUAACGCCCUCGACAUUGGUGAUCAUGAAGCUCAAUGGCUUACCUUGUUUACGGGACCAGCGGAUCACCCAAAGAGGAGGCACAUCGAUCUUAAUGAGGAGCCAAAGCAAUGAAGUUCCAAAGUGGUUUAUGU